AUGUCCGACGAACUACCCAAUGCGACUGACGAUGCUCGUCUGGCGGAGCUGGGGUACAAAACCCAAUUCAAAAGAGGUUUCACUCUUAUUGACGCAACGGCUUUCUCCUUCUCGAUCAUGGCCGUUAUCAGCGGUGUUUCUUCAACGAUGGGCUUGACAAUAGCUUCCGGCGGCCACGUGGGACUCAUCUGGGGAUGGCUCAUACCGGUCCCUUUCGUCAUUUGCGUUGCAGCAGUUAUGGCAGAGCUAGCAUCCUCCAUGCCAACGAGUGCGGGUCCAUACUACUACGCGGCGAAACUCGCACCCAAGCGAUAUGCACCUCUCGCAAGCUGGGUCGUUGGAGGUGCCAACUUGACCGGGCAUGUAACACUUUUGACAUACAUUGAUUUUGCACUAGCGCAAAUGAUUACAACCGCAAUUGCUGCGGGAACGGACGGAAGAGUAGCCUUAGGCCACGGACCGACAUUCGGAUUAUUUUUGGCGAUGCUAGUCCUGCACGGAUGCAUCUGCUCAGCGACCACGAGGGCACUGGCUCGACUGAGUCUAGUUAGCGCAAUUUUCAAAGUCGGAGCGACCGUAGCGGCGAUCAUCAUUCUGCCGGUAUGCACGGGCGAGAACAGGGUAUCGACAAGAGUUGCCUUCACUUCCUACGAGAACUCCACCGGUUGGUCGAACUCCGGGUGGGCAUUUCUGCUGGCCUUUACAGGCCCCAUGUGGCAAUUGGCAGCAUGUAACCGACUCCGCUGCGCUAUCUCGGAGGAAACCGCAAGAGCAGCGAAGGUCGCUCCGAUGGCUAUGCUCAUGUCGGUAGCCUGUGCGGGCUGCCUCGGAUGGAUCUUCAAUAUCGCUACUUCGUUCGCAGUAGCAUCCGUUCCGGACCUCCUUUCGAGCCCAUUCCCGCUGCCGAUGGGUCAACUCUACUUUGACAUCAUGGGCAAGAGGGGCAUGCUUGCGAUAUGGUGCGUCACUAUCGUAGUUCAGUUUAUGCGUGGUGCUGCGCAAGGAGUAACCGCCUCACGGGUAGUCUUUGCGUUUGCACGCGACAACGCUCUCCCCGGUGCACAUCGGUGGAAGAAAAUCAAUCAUUAUACACGAACUCCAGUAAAUGCUGUCUGGCUCGCUGUGUCCCUGGCUGCGUUUUUCGGCCUGCUGGGAUUCUCCUCAAUAGCCAUGACUUCCGCGGCUUGUGCCACCGUCAUUGGCUUGUAUACGUCGUAUGCUAUACCAAUUCUGCUCCGCAUCACAACCGGACGCAAUAAGUUCGUCCCAGGACCGUUCUCGCUUGGCCGCUGGUCGACGCCGAUGGGGACGAUCGCAAUAGCAUGGAUCGCAUUCGUCAUACUCCUCUUGUGUUUCCCGCGAACACAGAGCCCUCACACAUCCAAUAUGAACUAUGCUGUCGUGCUCACAAUGGGCAUUUCCAUACUUGCCUAUGGCGUCUGGGCCUUCUCAGCAAGAAACUGGUUCACUGGCCCGCUCCAGAACAUUGACGACAACGAUAGCAACAAUACCAUUACUCAGGCUUUUGGCGAGAUGUCCGAAAAUGCCAAAUCGACGCAGGGGCUCUAA